AUGGCUCUUUCGGACGUCAUAGCUAGGAAGUUAGGGCUGCUACCUUACCUCCAAGAUACUGCAAUAGAGUAUAUCACCUCUAAAGGUGAGGCGUCAAAGCAGUGGGGUAUUCUUCCUGACAUACUUGUGCGGGUGGGGAAGCUGACCCUCCCAAUCAACAUAGCAGAGACCGGGGUGAAUACCUAUGACAUGCUGCUAGGACAGUACUGGAUCUACUUGGCUAAUGCGGAUAUCCUGACCAGCAAGGGCCAGAUAGUGUACCGAGUCAAUACCAAAGAGACAGAUUCGGUCCCUAUCACCACUGGACCCGUGGGUACGGAUAGUCGCCCCUCCUAUGUGUCCCUCCCGCCCCAAACACCCCGCAGGAAUGAACAUAAGCCUUCUCAGCACUGGUUCGGUAUGGACGAGGAGGACUUCCAGCGGUGGUUGGAGAAGAAGCAGCUCCUCCUGGCCAAAGAGCAGGGGCGUAUCCGACUGACGGAGGAGGAGGCGGACUAUUGGGCGUGGGUACAAGAGGAAGAGGAGUUGGAUCGGGCGGAGCUGGAAGCACUAGAACUCAAGGAGCGUGAGUUCUAUGAGGAGCUCGGGGCAGACGGGCUCGAUGAUAUACCCGAAGGAGGUGAGCCAGAAGGGGAAGCCGGGGCAGAUAACGAUAUGCCUAGCCUUUUUGAGUCAGACGGGAAACAUUACUCUGACCUUGGCGCAACAGGUAUGGACGAAGAGGCUGGGGAACUACAAUGGGACAUGGGGUAUGAGGAGGCCAGGAAGGCUGCGGAGGCAAAAGGGGAAAUCAUGGAUCAAUGGGAAGAGUAUUCAAUGACGGACGGGGAAGAAUACGUGGUGGAUGUCAAGGAGGAAGGGAAGCUUGCAUACGAGGGAAAGGAGCACCGGAAAAAAUUGGAUUACCUGUCGGCCUACCAUACCAUCAGGGUGGCCGAGGAGGACAUCCCUAAGACCGCAUUCAAGACCUCCUUAUGCCAGUAUGAGUAUGUGAGGAUGCCUUUUGUCGCCUCCACGAUCUACUUCGGGCACAUCGUGACACGGGAUGGGGUGAAGCCGGAUGCUGGAAAGGUGGAGUGGAUCAGUAACAUGUCGGCGCCGGUGGAUGUGAAAAGGGUCCCGGAGUUCGUGGGGUGCACUAGUUACUACCGGCGAUUCAUCAAGGGGUAUGCGAAGGUGGCGCAUCCUCUCACGCAGCUGCUGUACAAGGACCCUAGGAAAGCAAGCAGCAGCUCGGUUGAUGGGGAAGGGGAAGGAGGGGAUAGUGGUGAGGAGGAAGAAGGAGAACGCGUGGAUGUCCGCGAGCCGGAGGAGAUGAGUAGCAAUACGGAGAAGCGGGAAGGGGAAGAGGAAGGAGACGUCGUACAAGCCGGGUCCGAAGGGUCCAAGGAAGGAGAUGGUGAUGAGGAAUCAAGAGAAGAAGGCGAUGAAGCGGAGGGAUCCGAGGAUGAAGACGGCGAGGACGAGGGAGAAGAGGAGGAGUCGGGAGAGGGAGAUGAGGAGAUGGUGGCCCCGGGGGUAGAACGGCAAGAGAAUGACCCAGAAGGGCCCAAGGAGAGGACGCCGUCACCGCCAAUGACGCAACCUCUUAAAAAAGAAUGGGAGCUGAAAGAGCUGGCCGAGCUAUCCACCGUGGAGGAAGCGGAUGCAGCAGCCGGGUAUAUCUAUGAACGGUCCUCGGAGAUGGAGCUGGCUUUGGCAAAGGCAACUGAGAAUCAUGAUAAGGCACAGGAGAAGCAGAAUGUCGACUUUGACCGGCGUUGA